AUGUUAACUGCAUUAUUAGAUAAAAUUAUUAAAUCAAACGAUAGACUGGCAUUGAUGGGUCCAGAUUCUAAUAACGAUUUAUUGAUGAACAAAGAUAAUAGCAUGGCUCAAUCUGUGUUGAGUUUCCGUGGUAAACACAUUCCUCAAAUUAGUUUAGAACAGUAUUUCCAAAGAAUUCAGAAAUAUUGCCCGAUAACAAACGAUGUUUUUAUAUCUUUAUUGGUAUAUUUUGAUAGGAUUUCAAAACGAUGUAAUAAUUGUGUCCCUUCUCAAGACAACCCUGAUGGAGAAGAUACAAAUAAUAAAAAUGGUAAUGAUAAUGAUAACAACAAUGACUAUUAUAAUAGCAAUAUUAAUAAUAGUAGUAACAAUAGUAAUAAUAAUAACAAUAAUAGUAGUAAUAAUAAUAGUAAUAACAAUAGUAAUAGUAAUAAUAAUGGCAUCAAUGAAAAAAAUCAUAAUUCCCAGCAUCAACAAUUACAAAUAUUUGUAAUGGAUUCAUAUAACAUUCAUAGAUUGAUCAUCGCAGGUGUCACUGUCAGUACAAAAUUUUUCAGUGACCUAUUUUACAGUAAUUCAAGAUACGCAAGAGUAGGGGGCAUCUCAUUGCAAGAAUUAAACAACCUAGAGUUACAAUUCCUUCUCAUGUGUGAUUUCCACUUGCUAAUUUCAGUGGAAGAACUACAAAGAUAUGCAGAUCUAUUGGCAAGAUUUUGGCAAAAUAAUUUAAAGACAAAUGAAAACUUAAACUAA